UUCUAAUUUCUUUUCUGGAUAUUUUUCUUGUGUGUUAUUUUGUUAACAGAACAUUAGCUUAUUAAAUCGUGCACACAUGUCAUAUGGGAUGAUGUACGUGUCGUUUUUAAAGGACAGUCGAGAGAAAACAGAAUGGACACCUGCGUCUGGAAUGGUCUCUUCCACUAUUCUGCAAACCUCCCCUGAAUGAGUCAUCCAGCCGGCUCCUCAUUGGAUAAGACCAUGCCAUCCCAAGGGAUUGCCUUGCAGAGGCAGAAAGGCCUUGCUUCCAUUCACAGAAACAUUGGUAUGCCAGCCUGCUAUUUCAUUCACAUAAAAGACUAAAUAUUGCAUGCUUUUUGUCCUCCGCUCGUAUCCUCCUUUGUCUUCUUGCCUCCUCUUUUCAUUUGUGACCGCCUGCCUGUUCUUCCCUGCUUUUGUGUUUGCCUUUUUUUUUUCUGAGGAGAGAAGGCAGACGUGCUGUCUUUUUUUUUUUUUCUAUAUAUGCCAGGCAGGAAAGAGAGAUGUUGGGAGGGACUGCAGUGCGAAAUCUGCAGCAGAGUGAGAGCGGAAGCUGCUUAUGAAUGAGUGUCAGUCUUUCGGCUUUGCUAGAUGCUCCUGAGGACAUUUUACAUGAAUGGUGUCUGGCUGUGUGCUUUCCGCUACCGGGGAGACAAAGAUGCUUCAUUGCUGCUCGUUUUAAGGAGACUCUUGGGCUUUUUUCUGUCAUCCUUUCGGUUGUUUCAUUGACUCAUCUGCCUGAGAAACGUGUCGUUCAUACUGUUCUUUUUUUUUUUUAGUUGUGUCAUUCAUGUAAUUCAACCUGGACCAAUUGCUGGGUAUUGUAGACAAGCUGCUUCCUUGUUGUGAACUUGAUUUUUUUUAAUCCUUUGUUGCAGAAUACUGAUCUGCACAUUAGACGAAUGGUCUCACAACAUUUUAAUGGGAAAAAUAGCUUUAUUCAUUUUUUGCGUUAAUGCCUGGUUAUUCAUAUUCUGUGCAGAAACAACAAGUGUAUUAAGUCGUCAUAGGUUUUUAAAGUACAUAACUGAGAACCAGGAGUGAUGUCUGCCCAUAUUCUGCAGCUAUUAUAAAUUAACAUGGACAAUAUAUUAAUGAUGUUGCGUAUUUCCGGUCAUGCUAAAAUUUGACUGUAUUGUUGCUUUCAGUGAUUCACAGUAUAUUUAGGAAAAUUACAUCUUUAUAAAACAUUUAGAUAGAGAUUUUAUUCUUGAAUCAAAGAUUUUUGUUAAUUUGGCAGGAUUGAAGCUGUCAAUGAAAUGGCUGCUGGUUUUUCAUUUCAUUUAUUAUCAUUUAUGUGAUUAGUUUAUCGUGUGAAUCAUCCUUUUAUCACAACUUUUAUCCAUUUAAUAAGAUAUUAAUUGUGUAUAACGUGAAUUCAAGCAGAAUAUUCUCAAUAAUUAUGUUGCUGAGUUAAAUAAUCAAGCCACCUCUCAUUCUUAAUUUCCUUUUCUCAGAAAAACAAAUGAGAAGGAAAUAAUUACAGAGAAUAAACAUCAGACUGGGGAAUUUAAAAAUUGAUUGGUUCUAGUGUGCUGUAAGUGGGAGUUUUUUUUUUUUUUUUUCUCCCUCCGACAGGAAGUGAUUUGCAGUGUUCAGCAAGCCUUUUGUUGAGAAGGUUUUCUCAGAUCAGUGAGUCAUGCUUUAGCUCUGAGCCGGCAGGCAGGCAGGCAGCAGUCAGUAGAGAGUAUUUGCUCUUCCCUCGCAGUAUCCGUGAUCAUCGACAACAUAGACCUUUCUCUUGUUUGCUUUACUUUUUGGAUUUUUGAGGCUAGAAAUCAGCAGCAGCAUCACCGCUGGAAACCAAACAAGCUGCACCACAACACUGGCAGCCUUUUAGAGACCUCUCCAUCCUCCUCUUCCUCUGCCUCAGUGCUGUGUUUCCAUGGAUUGUGUCUGUAUAUUUCUCUCUGACGGAUUGGAUUGCAGCUCUGGAUUUUACUGAGAGCAGAUUGGACUUUGGCGACAGCAGCAGCAGCAGCAGCAGCAGCAGCAGCAGCAGCAGCAGCUCAACACAACCACCACUGUAACCUCAAUAGAGAAAAUUACAGUCAGGUGGCCUGUGAUUGCUAAAAGGCGUUUGCUGCCUGUACCGCCGCUGCUAUGUUACAGGAGAGGGUAAUCAGCACGGCUCAGCCACGUCUGCCAGCACACUUGUGAAAGAGGCAGGCUGUGCGUGUCGGUUGGUGGAGAGAGGGGAGAGAGCAAGAGAGAGAAGGGUAUGCUUCACCGUACCAAAUACAACCGCUUCAGGAAUGAGUCAGUAACGUCCGUCGAUGAGCUUCUCCACGGCCUGUCCAUGAACCCCAAGGUCUCGGCCACCCCCCAGUCUGCAGCCGAGACAUCUUACACACCCCCGAACGAGGUCCAGCCCUCCUCCGCCACCACUGCUUCCAGCACCCCCACCGGCCACGGCUCUGACCACCUGGAAGAUGGAGGCACCACCCUCUGUACCCUCAUCAACAAGGUGUCAAGCCUGAAAUUCAGCAACUCAGGCAGCUUGCUGGGCAUCAAGGGUCUGCCCUCGGCUGUCAAGGACCUGGCUGUGUCUAAGCUGCAGGGGGGUGGGGGAUCGGGCUCAGGCAGCUCCAGUGGCCCGAGCCCCAGCGCGGCGACAGCAGCAGCAGCAGCAGCAGCCUCUGGUGUGGGCGGCUCUCUGUGCAGCUCGGCCUCCCAUUCAACCCCCUGCUCACAGCUGGAGCCAGCCGUCAGCAUGAGCAAGAAGAGCAGGCUGGACGAGCACCAGCCCGGCGGAGACGACUGGCAUCCAGGUGGAGGUGGAGGUGGAGGUGGUGGACUGGUGAGCAAACCCCCCAGAGGAUGGCUACACUCGAGCGAGAAGAUCUCAGGUCCAGGAGUGACAUACAUUGUGAAGUAUCUGGGCUGUAUAGAAGUCCUCCGGUCGAUGAGAUCCCUGGAUUUCACCACAAGAUCACAAAUCACAAGGGAAGCCAUCAGCCUGGUGUGUGAGGCCGUUCCGGGGACCAAAGGAGCUCAGCGGAAGAGAAAGCCACCAUCCAAAGCUCUGUCCAGUAUCCUGGGGAAGAGCAACCUGCAGUUUGCCGGCAUGUCCAUCAACCUGAAUAUCUCCACCAGUAGCCUCAACCUGAUGACCCCUGACUGCAAACAGAUCAUAGCCAAUCAUCACAUGCAGUCCAUCUCCUUUGCAUCAGGUGGAGACCCCGACACAACAGAUUACGUUGCCUAUGUAGCAAAGGACCCCGUCAACAGAAGAGCGUGUCACAUCCUGGAGUGCUCUGACGGGCUGGCCCAGGACGUCAUCAGCACCAUCGGCCAGGCGUUUGACCUUCGCUUCCAGCAGUACCUGCAGUGUCCCUCAAGCAAACUGUCCUCCACACACGACAGGGUAUUAAACAUGGAUGAGUUGCCAUGGACAGAGGAAGAGGAGGAGUCAGCAGAACAUCCGUACUAUAACAACAUCCCUGGCAAGAUGCCGCCCCCCGGAGGCUUCAUCGACACCCGGCUGUCCAAUCAGAACGCAGCGCCGGAUGGAUGCCAGAUUGGCCCAGCUUCAGUAGAUCAGACAUAUUAUCAAGGGCGGCACUGUGGAGAAAACUGGGGAGAUGAAAGAAAGUCCAUAUUCAUACAACAGGGAUCAUUUGAUAUAAGCACUCUGCCCGAGAGCAAAGGCCCGGCACCAAAAACAGGAGAGAUGCCGGCGUAUGUGAACACUCAGCAGAUCGACGCCCAGGUGCUCGCAGCGCUCCAGGCAGAGGCGGACAAUGUGACAAAAGGCAUGGCGGCUGCAGCCAAAGAGAGCUCACAGAAGGACCUGUUUGACAUGAAGCCCUUCGAGGAUGCCAUUCACUCGCAGUCCCAUCCACCGGCCCAGGGGCAUGCCCAGUCCCAGGUCUCCGGUCUUCAGAAGGCAGCAUCGGUGGACAACUCGAGCCCUCUUCUCGUUCGCUCGGUGGCCUUCCGGGCGCAGGAGGAGCUGGAGGGCCAGACGUGGUACCACGGCAAAAUGAGCCGCCGUGACGCUGAGAAACUGCUAAAAGAAGAUGGGGACUUCCUGGUUCGUAAGAGCACCACCAACCCCGGGUCCUACGUACUGACGGGCAUGCACAAUGGACUUGCCAAACACCUGCUGCUGGUGGACCCUGAGGGCACGGUACGGACAAAAGAUCAUAUAUUUGACAAUAUUAGCCAUCUUAUUGGCCAUCACCGUGACAACAAUCUGCCGAUUGUGUCAGCCGGGAGUGAACUGUGUCUCCUACAGCCCGUUGGAAGGAAACAGUGAUGCUUGCAAUGCCUGGUGGGAAACAGAAAGCUGUGAACAGUCUCUCCUACCAUCCUGAAACUUGAAGAUGACACAUUAAGAGAAGAUGCUCGAAAGCUUCUAUAAGCACUGACGGCGUUUGGGGGAAAUUUGGUUACUUUACUGGAGGCACUGGAAGACGCAAGAUUUGUUUAAGAUAAAAAAAAUAAUAAUUUAUAGAACUGUUAUUAUUUUGUUGUGAAGACUGAAAUGCUAUAUUUUUGAGAAGACAUAGGUGCAUUUGGACAUAAUAUCUUGAUUUGGUGUUUUAAAAGAUCAAAAAAAUUGUUCUUGUAGUUUAGAUGAAGUGCAAAUCAAAACCUCAGAGAGGUGUUAACAAGAGUAUUUUAGAAUAAAAAAACUGAAAUUUUAGUUUUGUCUGUCAAGCACAACCACAUUUCUACGGGAACCGUUGGCUAAAGAGGUGGAGGAAACAAAAACUGUUUAUAAGGAAUUACUUUAGGAAAAAAAAAUGUCCUUUAAUCUUACCAAUAGCGUGACGGCUCACUCAAGUAGUCACUAUAUGAAAUCUGCUUUUGUCGGGGGUUAGAACUGAGUGUGUUUUGCUUUGCAGUAGUCACAAAGUGUCGGGGUGCCAACAGACAUCCUUCAUAGUGCUGUCAAUGGCUUUAAAGAUUUUUUAUCAAGUAUUUUCUUGUGUCACUGCGGUCGCAUGACUUAAAAUCAACUGUUCUUGUGGACAUUGUUCGUAGACCUUGAUACCCCUUUAUUUGAAAGAGGUGCUUGUGUAUGCUGACACUGU